AUGACUAGGUCAAAAUUAUCUUUUAACUACUUUGACUAUUAUGGGAGUAAUUAUUGGCUUGGCUUUAUUCACUUUAUCGCUGGCUUACAAGAACUUCUUGAAAAAGGACUUGCAUUAAAAGUAGGAUUGAAUGAAAAAGGAGCAAAAACUCUACUUUUAUUUAAUUACUCGACUAGUCGCACCGAUAAAGGGGUUCAUGCCCGUGAACAAAAAUUUACUCUGCGACUUAAUUUAAAUUUUUCUGAGGAAAAGUUAUUUACUUUAUUAAAAAAAAUAUUUAGCGAACAUGUUUUAGUCAAAAAGGUUGAAAAAGCACUAUACGAGGCUAGAAGAAAAGUAAAAGAAGUAGAGGGAAAAUUGCAAAGUGAUAAUCCAAUACUUUGUGGAACACCUACAACAAAAUUAAGUGUUUAUUAUUACGAUGACUAUAACAGUAGUCUUUUCCCCAUUGCAUAUGGAGGAAUAGUUGGAAGUGAAGAAAUUAAAAGAAUUGAGUUAACAGGUUCGGAUUUCUAUGCAGCCAAAAAUAACCCUGAUGAUUAUUUUAAACCUUUAGAUAUUGUGAAAAUAUUUGCUCCUCGUUCUAAUGGGAAAUGA